UUUGCUUCAGUUAGCCAUGUUCGGUUUUAUUUCCAGGAUGCAAACAAGCUAGCUACGCUACUCUGGCGUGUGGUUAACUUUUCUUAGUAGCAAGGGAGUACAGUUGGGUGAACCGUUUUGUUGAUGGCUAGUUUUUUAACAACAUGCAUUCCGAAUAGAUUAUUUUACGUUACAGUUGGUAAUAACGUUACGCCACAACUCAUCUUCGUACUAGUACGGUCUGCUCAAUGAGGAGUGGAGGGUUAACGUAACGUUAAGCUAGCUAGCUGGGUGCAGGGUUAACGUAACGUUAUAAAAGUGUUUUGUACUACGAGAAAAUCAAAGAAGCGUCCGAGCGGUGCCGGAAGGGUUGUGAUUGUCCAUCGGAUGUCAUGGAGAACUCUAAGGAGGACUACAAGAUCCAGUCCUUCGACCUGGAGACCCAGAACCUUCUGAAGACCGCACUGAAAGAGCCCAGCUCGGUGGAUCUGGAGAAGGUGUCUGAUGUCAUUGUGGACCAAUCCCUGAAGGACCAGGUGUUCAGUAAAGAGGCCGGCCGCAUCUGCUACACCAUAGUCCAGGCCGAGGCCAAGGUGAACAACGGCAGUGUGUUCCGUCGGAACCUCCUGAACCGCCUGCAGCAGGAGUUCAAGGCCCGAGAGGAGACCAGGUGCCGCUCGCUGCAGGAGUGGGUGUGCUUCGUCACCUUCAUCUGCAACAUCUUCGACUACCUCAAGGUGAACAACAUGCCCAUGAUGGCGCUGGUGCACCCCGUUUACGACUGCCUGUUCCGCCUGGCGCAGGCCGACUCUCUGCAGAACGAGGAGGAGGUGGACUGCCUGGUGCUGCAGCUCCACCGCAUCGGCGACCAGCUGGAGAAGAUGAACGUGCAGCGCAUGGACGAGCUCUUCUUCCUGCUGCGUGACGGCUUCCUGCUCCAGGAGGCCCUGGGCUCCAUGGCGCGGCUGCUCCUGCUGGAGAUCCUGGAGUUCAGGGCCGGGGGCUGGCAGCUCAGCGACACGGCACAGAAGUACUACUACAGCGAGCUGGCCGACUGAGGGGGGGGGCGGGCACGGCCAGGCCCCGCCCGAUGGCUAAUGGGGCUAAAUAUCGGGUACGUCCAAAUACAAAUGAAUCCUCCUUUACUUCACUCGACGACGACUCCUAUUCGGAAGUAUGAGAAGAGGCGACGAGUGCAGGAAAGGAGGAUACUUUUUUUUUUUUUUGUAAGUAUUGGGACAUACCCAAUAUUUAGCUGUAUUUAGAGCAGGGGUGUCCAGUCUUAUCUGAAAAGGGCCGGUGUGGAUGCAGGUUCUUGUUUUGGCUCGGUACUAAAAAUACAAUGUACGAUUCUGCGCAUCGAAGACGAUUAGUUUGAUGGUCAAAUCGUAGUGUCGUAGUGCUGGGUCAAAAGAAACGUGGCCCUUAUUUAGGUUAAGAUCGCACACCCCUGGGUCUGAGGACAGGAGUGCUGUGGUGUGCAGCUCAGAGCUGGGUGAAUUGCAGUAGGUUUAAAUGGAGAGUAGGAGGGGUGUGACUUUGGACAGUACCCACGUGUUGGUGCAGGGGACCGAGGCUAGCGUGGAGCUUUGGGGUUCUUUGAAGUAGAAUUUGAGUUGUGUGCAGGAGUUUCUGUCAUUUGUGGGAUUUUGCCAAUUGGUUUAGAAGCAUGAAUGUGUGAAAGCUCUCCACAUCCUGGGAUUACAUUCCCCCCCUAAUGACAGGGGCGACAAAAAAGAAAACUAACUUUAAUUUAUAAAAAUAGUUUUAAAUGUGAGAAGAAAGCACAUGCAGUUUAACGAAGUGAUGAUUGGAUUGGAUUGUGCUGACUUAAUGUCUGUCCAGUUUAUAUUCUAAGAUCCUUAUUCCCAGAGGCACUACAGGAACAUGAGUUCAAGAAACAUUGAGACAGACAUUCAUUCAUUCAUUUUGUUCAAGGGACACAGACCAAACCAUAGCUAUUCCAUUUGAGAUUUGAGUACAGCCAAAUAUUUUGUAGUGUUUUUUAUUUUUUAUUGUGUAGAGGCAAUAUUGGGCCAGGGUUAUGCUUCGCAAAAUCAAAUGGUGAAAUUUGAUUCCAAUUUCACUUUGUUAGAUGUUGGAAUGUGCACUGGUACUCCUAUUUUGAGGCUGUAUAUUUCAUUAUAGCACUAUGUAGAGGGGUGUUUGUUGCUAUUUUUUUCUUCUUUAUAUUUAAUUUUUGGAAUUGUCAGUUGACUUCAUCUUAUAUUGUGAUGUUCCAGCCUCUGCACAGAGCUUGAAGUCAUUAGCACCUGAAAGCUGGACUGUUGUGUUACAGAGAAUGGGCAAUAACCUAAUCAGCUUUGAUAUGUUGAAGAAUGCACUCGGCUGACAUGCUCCAUUAUUUAUUUGUGCCGUUUCAAAAAUAUGUUCUCAAAAAAUAUGUUCACCAGCCAGCAGUGGUGUUUCCACGACAGGUGUUAUCAAGAUGGAAAGUCCCCAGACGCGCGUUCAAGACCGCAAAAGUUAGCUAACGUUCGCCAACACAUUAAAACCGUUUUCUGUUCACCAUUAACGUUAGCUAAUAGUUUGAAAAGGUAGUGUCGGCGAACGAAAAUGGGUGUUAUUAGGUAAAACGCCGAGAGAACAAAAGUGGACUGUAAUACUAUACUUUAAUCAAUGUAAUAUUUGUUCUUACCUAAUCACAAGUAAGCAAUGAAUCAGCUAGCUGGCAUUGUUAGACCGAAGUCACAUCAAUUUGUAUUUGGUGGCGAAUUUAAUGGAAUGUUUAUUUUAAAUCGUAACUUCUUGUAACGUUUGCGGUCUUGAACGCACGUCAGGGUUGUACCCUGAAAUUUCUAUAAUGUAUAGCAAAUGGGUAUACUAUUAUACAGAACCAAGAAAAAACAGCUUAUUUGAACACGAUCCUUUAUUUGAGCGUUAAGAGGAAUUUAUUUCCGCAGGUGGCUCCUCCACGGUCCGACUAUUUCACUGGUGCUAGGAAUAGAGAAACGUUAUUUUCCUUCAACAUGUUUUAAAUACUGGUCUACAUAAUCAGGAUAUGUAAAUAUAUUUACACGACUCCUGAUGAAGAUUAUCGGGAGUGUCUUUCCGGACACCGAUGAGGUACCAUGCAGAAGCACUUAGCGUAGCUGUGCGAUUGCUGUGUUUCUUUGAAGUGUAAACGUGACGUUAACUGCUUCAUGUCUGUGUGUCCAUCGGUCUUCUGAACGAGGUGUGCAGUGCAUGAAAGCUCUCAGCUGGGGCCAUACACGAAGAUCUAUGAUCAGAUUUAACCGAAUGUAUAUUUCGCUCACAAUUCCGAGACACUGUUAUUGCAAUUCAUGGGGAAACCUUUUUGGGGUUUUUUUUUUAGUUGUGCAUACUAACACAGGAUAGUUGAAGAUACAUACUACCGCAGGACUGCUGCUGCGGGUGGUGGUAACUGCCUUUGUCUCUCUAAAGGAACGGCAACACUGAAUAGUUUUUAUUUUUUAUCUGCUUCACUCACAAAAUCUGUUACACAGCUGUGUGGAGAUCAGGUUUAUAAACUUUGUGUUCAAGCAAAGGAGCCGUCUGACGUACGGAAUCUGAAUACGGACGCCUGCCUGACUUGUCUUCCAUUCAGAACAGUGAUUAAAAGCACAGAAAAACAUUGGGCAAAGUGACCAAUGAAUAAAGGUGUUUGUGGUGUGGAUUGGGGAUGGUCAGAGGGGAAAAAACAAAAAACUAAGCUUUUUGUCAGGUUAUUAAAUAUGGGAAGCCUUUCUUCCCACUGUUUUUGUACUGCUGAAUUUCUACAAAUUCCUGUUUGAAACUGAAUUGUUCAAAUAAAUUGUUUUGAACUGCC